UCCGGCGUUGAGGAGCGUGUGAAGAUGCUCUCAGAGUGACUGACACUCGGCUGAACAGGUUACUUGGCCGGUGCGAAAUUCGAUAGUAAACAUGCAGCCGCGGCAUUAUCAUAGUGAGUGACCGUUGUUGUAAUACGCGCGAUUAUAAAAAAAAAAUGGCAGAGCACCUGUCAAAACGGCCUUCUAAAGGAAUCCUAAAGACGUCCAGCAGUUUUGAUAAUCCAGAGGCGCCUAGACCAAGCAAAGAGACAAAAUGGGACGAAAUGAAUAUUAUCGCCACUCUUCAUCCUCCUGACAAGGAUUACGGGCAUAUGAAAAUCGAAGAACCAAAAACCCCGUAUAAUUUUGAGGGCCUUCAAAAUGAACAUGAAUUUGAUCAGUUAGAUGCUGGUGCUCUCACAGCAAAAUUAGCUGGGGGUAGCAAGCCAAAAAUUUUUGAAGAAACCCAGGAAGAUGAAGAAGAGGAAGAAGAGGAGACUCCUGAACAAAGAGAAAAAAGGAGAGCCUUUGAGGCGAAGAGGAAAGGUCACUAUCGAGAGUGGCAUGCUGUACAAUUAGCGAGAAAACAACUCUUAGAGCAAGACGAGGAAGAUGAAGAAGAUGAGCAUGAAGAUGGUGAGGAUAAAAAUAACGAGGAAAAUUCCUCCGAAGAAGAAAACAAUUUUGACACUCGUUACAAAUGCAUGCCGUCCUGUGAUAGAAGCGAAAAGAAAUAAACGAAAAAUCUUAAUUAGCAACGUUAUUUUAUAAAUCGUCCAUAGUAAUCGUAACUUUGCGCCGACAUCUAUCUUUACCGUUCAUCGCUGUUCCGACCGGAGUACAUCGAGCUGCAGGAAAGAUGUCUAUUACGUCUAAACGCCCAAACUCAAUUAAAUCCCGCAUUUCAAUUAUGUACAUAUAGCUCUAUUAGUCUCAUUCUCUGUAAAUAAAUAUCUCGGGAACUUGAUUGUUUAGGAUAAAAUGCUGGUAGAUUUUUCUAGCAUUAGAUAAAGUGACAGUGAUACUAUAUAUCCCCGCGACUUAGCUAUUAAUUUAGCUCAAUGACCCAAAUAAGCUGUGCACAAAGCAAGACCUGUCGAAUUUAAUGAAACGUGACAUUUGUCUAUCUAUCUUUACAUGGGUCGCGAUAGAAGCUUCGCUCACACCGUUUCGCGUACGUUGUUAACAGGCCUAUUGACAUUAUUUUAUAGCGCCGGUUCAUACACAUAGCGAUGUGUUAUCGUGAAAUUUACCCUUUUGGAGGAAAAAGAAAUUUACAGGGCUGAGGAUUCUUGAUCAUUGGAUCAAAAUUCGACGAACAAUAAGGCUGAACGAAGCGCUCCUACAAGUAGUAAGAUACUAAGAGACGCCAUAUACGAUAUUUACUUACAGUAAGAAACUUGUGUAUUUAAAAGUGUUAGUAUAUGUGUAAUACAUUACAAAUCCUGCACUAGCGUAGCUGCACACUAUACAACAUCAGAAUGCACGACCUCAAAUUUUCGUUUUUUCUUAUAAUGUUUGAUUUUAUUUUCUAAACUCUCUGUAAAAGAGGAAAUAGCGUAGAUUAAUACGUAAGUAGAUGUAACAAGACCAUCAAGUUUGUGCUAAACAAACUACUUCAUCUAGUAACUCAUGCUGUUUAUAAGAUGUAUAUUUACGAAAGUAAUAACGUGUCGAGCAUAGAAACGUCCAUGUGCGGCGGUAAUGUGUUUAGUAUAGUAAUGUAAAACAAAAGGAAAUAACGUUGUAUGUAUCUAAUUCAAAAUAUUUUGAAUGUCUGUAUCUUAUAGUGGAAUACAACAGUAUUAACAGAUUCUGAACGGUGUAAUUGUAUGCAUGAUGUCUCAAAGUAAAUAAAUAUAAAUUACAUUGUGGUCAUAA